AUGAAUUCCCAAACCUUCAUCCUCCCAGAUCUACUCGCCAACUGGCCUUUCAAAUGUACUCGCAACCCCCUCGCAGACAAAAUUGUACUAGCCAGUGCGGCUUGGAUAGAAAGCUAUAAUAUUUUCGAUGCAAGGGCCCAAAAGGCUUUCAACCGCUGCAACUUCGGAUUGUUCACUUCGCUGGCGUACCCCGAUGUUUCUGCCGCACAUCUUCGCACCUGUGCAGAUCUCAUGAAUUUCUUUUUUGUCUUUGACGAGCUGAGCGACGAAGCCAAUGGCCCCACUGUACGGAAACAAGCUGCCGAUAUUAUGUAUGCUCUGAGGCAUCCAUACGCACCUCCUCCUCCGGGCGAGACCAUUCUUGGUGAAAUGGCGAGAUGUUUUUGGCGGAAAGGCCUACAACAAGCACACAUCACCCCAACCUCAGGCCGGCGUUUCAUUGCGGAUUUUGACGAAUAUACACAUGCCGUUUGCCAACAGGCAGAAGAUCGAGAUUGUGGUCGGACUCGGAAUCUUAGCGAUUACCUAACACUUCGUCGAGGUACAAUUGGCGUACGGCCCUCCUUUGACUUCUUCAUCCUGACGGAUGACGUGCCCGACGAGGUCGUUAAGCACCCACAGGUCGAAAAAUUGGUGCAAGCUGCGAUUGAUAUGACAAUUAUUGCCAACGCUGCCACUUCUCCAUUCACGUUGCAGGACAUUUAUUCGUAUAACGUGGAGCAGUCUCGGGGAGACGAUGCGCAUAAUAUUGUAGCAGUGACAAUGAUGGAGAAGGCGCUCGACAUCCAAGGUGCAAUGGACUUCGUUGGGAGAAGGUACCAUCAGAUUGCUCGGACGUUCGUGGACGACAUGAAACAUGUUCCUACGUUUCCGGGUCCGAUAGGGAAAAUAUUGCGCCAGUAUGUGUUCGGAUUGGGGAUCUGGGUGACGACAAACAUAGAGUGGUCGUUUGCAGGGGAAAGAUAUUUUGGAAACGCUGGACCAAGUAUUAAGGUCCACAGGAGAGUCAAACUGCUGCCAAAACGGAAAUAGACGGAAUACACUGACCUGAGAUUUCCAACAAUAGCACACAUAUGAAGCAGAGUGAUCUCGAGAUAACAAGGGAUUUAUUCCUUUAAAGGGAAAGGCCAGUUUAACUUGGGGGGUUUUCCGACAUCGAAAGAUUUUCCUAAAGUAUUGGCACGCAUUGCAUGUUUACCUCAAAAAUAUCACUGUGAUGGUUACCCUAGUGAAAAGACUCGGCCUUGGUCGGUGUCCAACAUUACAC